CCCAAAAUCGAUUGAGCUCCUUCGCAUGGCCGCCCCUCCUCUCCCUCCACAGAUGCUUCUUCCAAAUCCAAAAAAUCCCUCGCGGCCCGCCAAUUUUGCAGCGAAAACAAUGCUCGGGCGCCAAAUACCAUGGCGCCUACCUCCUCCAAACCCAAAUUAACAUCCACUAUUUAAUCUAAUCACCACGGGAAGGCAGCCGCCAGUUAGGGUAGUCUGCUAGAUGGCGAUCUCCUCGGCGGCCGCGGCCACAAUGGAGACGCGGCAACCAGCAGCCACGCCGUCGACCCCACGGUUCACGACGUCGUCGCCAGCGCUCACGAUGACGCCGCCAGCGAACACGAGGACGACGUCGACGAGACGCGGGGCCACGACGGCGCUUUUCGGCGGCGCAGGUAGGACGCCGACCCCAACUCUGUCCGACGACGGAGAGGACGGCAGUCAAGAUCGUAGUUCAUCAGGCCGAGCACUACCCGUCAGGCAACGUGGUAUUGGAUCCAUGAUACUUGAGCCGGACUCACAACGUCGGGAAAAUACUGAGACAUUGUCAGAAGAAACAGAAUCUUGGACAUUAUGUUUUCGUCUCAUAGGUGCACCAUCUGAAAAGGAUAUUUGUGAAAUCAGCAAAGUGAAGAAGGAUGAUGUCACGUUUGGAAACUUGUUAACAUUGAAAUCACGUUUAGGUUACAACAUGAGGGACUUCUUAUACUAUAAGAAACGAAGUGGUAAUAAUGUAGCAACACUUCAUGAAAUUGAAACAGAAUCUGAUUUAAGUGUAAUGAUGACAAACAAUGAUGAGGAGAGAAUACUCAGAUUAGUUUUGAGCAAGGAUAGAAUAACCGAGCGAAAUGUAUCCAUAACUCCCAUAAAGAAACCUCCGGGUACAACUGUUGAUGAGGACGAAUUCAUAACUGUGUCACUUGAUGACUACAAGGACUGGCUUGCAGAACUGCAUGCGGAGCGUAAAGGCCUUGAACUUCAAGAUACAUUCAGGAUAGAUACAAUCAAAGCAUAUAGCGAAUGGUUACGUCAUGAAGGACAACUUGAUGACAUCGAGGCAUAUGAGGAGCUUCAAGGCACUCUAUCAAGUCAAUCCAGCAAUCCAACACCACCAAGGCAGCGACCAAGUCACGCUCGUCGUGACAAAGAACUAGUCAACAAUUGGCAAUCUGGCAGUGGAAAGAGGAAGUUUAAAGGACGUGGGCACCUCAAAGGUUUUACUGCGUCCAACAAAAGAGCUCGACAGGGCACCACAAAAUUGGAUGUUGAAUUCUCUAGAAUGCAAGGACCUGUAGGUGGUAAUCGACGGUCUUUUGUUGAUGAAGUGGUACUGUUUACAAGGAGAAAGGCUCCACUAAUUGGAGUGAGAUGGUGGAAAAACAUUGAUGAUGAAGUUAAGGAGGAUAUAGCAGAUGCAGUAAUGAAAAAGUGGGACCUUGCGAAUACUUUGGAGAACAAGAAAAAGAUAUGGGCCAUUGCAAAUGAGCGCUAUAGAGGAUGGCGAUCAACAUUUAGUUCAACAUGCAAGGCUUAUGACACUUAUGAUGAGAGAAUGAGACAUAAGCCUGAAGAACUAAACAUUGUUGAAUGGCACUAUCUAGUGUUGUAUUUUACCAGCGUGGAAUUCCAGGAACGUAGCAACCAGAAUUCUCAAAACCGUUCGUGUGUCCAAGCAGUGCAUAGUGUGGGAUCAAAGUCGUUUGGUCAGUGCAGCUAUGAACUGAGAGACCCAGAAACCGGUGAAGAGCCAGAUGAUUGUGAGCUUUGGGCGAUUACACACAGUAAGAAAGGGAAAUGGACAAACACUGUAUCUGAGGCUAUCUAUGAAACUGCUCGCCGCAAAAUUGCGGAGAAGGAAACCGAGUCACCAGAUAGCUUCAUUCCUUUAGUAGAGAGAAACCUUCUUUUCCAAGAAGCAUACAAGCAAACUACUCGAUCUAAAUCAUCCAAGCUUCAUGGUAAUGGAUAUAUGGCAAGGUAUCCAAGUAGAAGGCAGCUACUGACUGAACGUUUAGAGAACCAGGCCUGUUCUGAAAUGGCAUCCCAUAUGGAAACUGAAGAGCUGAAGGAUACGCUCGAGAAGGUACAAGAACAACUCAAAAACCAAGUUGCUGAAAGGGAAGCCGAGAAGGAGGAACAUUGGCGUCAGAUGGAAGAAUUGCAGAAAGCAAGGCAGGCUGAUAAAGAAGAACUUAGGAAAGAGUUCAUGUCAAUGCUAGCAGCACAAACGCAAGGAGCAUCACCACAGGUUAACCAAGCUGCCAUCGAAACAACAACCAACGAGAUAGUAGGCAACGAAACAGUAGGCGAUGAAGCAGCAGGCAAUGAAAUAGCCUCAAGUACUCAUCAACCAAUCCUGAAUGAAAGAGAAGGAACAACACAAGACAAUGAAACACCCUUACCUCAGGAGAUUAAUCUUCAAGUCAAGCAGAAAGCUUCUACACCCGCAGGUAACAUAGGGCGCAACACUAGGGGCAGCCUUAUGCGAAGCCAAUCACAAAACAAAGAAGGGAAUGUUACACCAAAUUUUAUUUCUCCAAAACAUUUGCUUGAUUCUGCGGCAAGGAAACGAUCAGCCAGAAAGAAUUGAAUGACAAAUGCAAAGUUUGAGUGGAGAGGGUCUGAUGGGAUUGACCAAAUGAGGCCAAGUCAAGCCAAGUGAAGCCGCAACAUCUUAGAUGUUUUGGUUUAGAAACAAGUGUCUUGGAUAUUUUUUGUUUGAAUAAUGUUUGUGUUGUCUCAGUUUGAAUUUUUGGAUCGUUUAUUCUACAUGUAACAAAUGAACAAGUUAUGAUUUAAUGGCUUUACCAAAUGGUUUGUUUAUGUC